GCCGCCCUGUGGCUGCGUGCUGGGUGGAGCUCGCAGAAAUUAGACUUGAGCUCUGCUGCGUGUUUUUUCAAUAGAUUGCGUGGUACUUUCAGUUUCCAUAUUGCUGCAUCACAGACCUACAGGAAGAGAGAGACACAGAGAGAGAGAGAGAGAUGGCUGAAACACAAAGGAUUACCAUAUUUCUUUAACUUCCCGAGAAGGUCCCAGGAAUGGAAGCACCCAGGGGUGGAAGACAGGCAGCUUAGGUCGAUUGAGCGGCUCACAGGAAGUCUCAGUAAAAGUCCAUUGACCCAGUAGUGGUUGGGAAAAAAUCUCCCACUAUGAGCGAAGAAGAAUUCAAAGCUGCUGUCCAAGAAGGAAACCUUAAAAAAGCAGCUUCGAUAGCACAGCGGAUGAUCAAGUCACCCAGAUUAUUCGAAAUUGCUGUCAUCGGGGAGUCGGGCUCUGGAAAGUCAUCGUUUGUCAAUGCCUUCCUGGGCUUAGCUGAUGGUGAUAUAGGAGCCGCUGAGGUCGGGGUGGUGGAAACGACCGUGUGGUCAACCAUGUAUUCACAUCCUGAAUACCCUAAUGUUUUCUUAUGGGACCUUCCAGGAAUCGGAACGCCAAAUUUUCAGUCAAUUGAACACAAGAUGACUGAUAAAUACUUGUCAGGAUAUGAUUUUUUCCUUAUUGUCACUGCUACACGCUUCAGAGAUAUUCAUGCCAACCUUGCAGAGAAGAUCCAGGAGAACAUGAAGAAGUUUUAUUUUGUGCGCUCCAAAGUGGACCAAGACUUGGGGGCUGAAAAGAGAAAAAUAAACUAUAGUGAGGUGAGAACCCUGCAACAGAUCAGAGAGGACUGCAAAGCCCAUCUGCAGAGAGCAGGGGUGAAUGACCCUCAGGUUUUUCUCCUCUCCAGCUGGGAAUCUGACAAGCAUGAUUUUCCCCUCCUGAAGGAAACUCUGGAUAAAGAACUCUGCCAUGCUAUGUUGCAAAAGCUGCUCGAUACCUCAUGCUCGACCCUGCAGGAGAAGAAAACAGCUAUGCAGAAGACCACAUGUAAUCCAGCUACCUUGUCGGGCGGUCCUGGUGCUAUUCCUCUUCCAGGUCUCUCUCUUGUUGCUGACAUGUCUAUCUUGGUGGGUUGCAUGAGAGAUUACUGCAAGAAUUUUGGCCUGAAUUUUGACUCCCUCACUGCACUCGCUGAACAGGUUGGGAAGCGGGAGGAAGAUCUGAAGGCUGUGAUAAGUUCUCCACUGGUUACCGAAAUAACAACUGACCUUGUACUGAAGCUGCUGGAAAAGUCUGCAGGUGAGGGAGUGAUGUAUCUGACUUACUUUGCCUGGAGUAUGCCAGUGGUCGGGUCACUGUUUUCUGCACAGGUUUCUUUUGGCACAACAAAGUUUAUGCUGGAUAACUUUAUAAGCGACCUUGCUGAAGAUACCCAAAGAGUCCUGGCAAAGGCUUUGGAGGGAGAAGAGAAAAAGUCAAAACAACAUCACCAAGAAAUCAAUUUGCCUGUAAUGCAUGAAAAAACCCCAACCAAUCCAAUCUCAGCUGGAGGCAGGUGUGACGCUGGCCGACCAGGUGCCAGCUCAUGCCAAGACUCUAGGCCUCAGCCCUGACAAAUUCAGAGCUGGAAACCAGUCUGUGUGUGAGGGUUGUUAAUAUAGAUGUUAAGCUUACAAAAAUGUGUUCAGACUUUAGGAAAUGCUUGUGAGUUGCUGCCUGCCUUAAUUUCACUUGUAAUGUCUGUAUCCCCUGCUCUAGUGGUACUACUUGAGGGCUUUGUAUAAACGUUUGCUCUGAAACCGUAAACCCAGCCAGGAAAGAAACCUCACCAAGUGUGAAAUACUGGUUUGCCCCGGGAAGGGUUAUCUCCUGCCCAUCAGGAAGGCUUAUUGGAUCCAAACAGGCCAUUGUGGGACAUCAUACACCAGUGAUUCUCAACCAGGGGUACAUGUACCCCUGGGGAUACGCACAGGUCUUCCAGGGGGUCCAUCAACUCAUCUAGGCAUUUUCUAGUUUUACAACAGGCCACAUAAAAAGCACGAGCGAAGUCAGUGCAAACUAAAAGUUCAUACAGACCAUGACGUGUUUACACGGCUCUAUAGACUGUCCACUGAAAUGUAAGUGCAAUAUUUGUAUCCCAAUGGAUUUAUUUUAUAAUUGUACGAUAAAAAUGAGAAAGGCAGCAAUUUUUCGGUAAUAGUGCGCUUUGACAGCACUGUGAUACUUUUGUAUUUUUCGGUCUGAUUUUGUCAGCAGGUCAUUUUUAAGUGAGGGGAAACUUGGGGGCACACAAGACAAAUCAAACUCCUGAAAGGGGAAGAGUCGUCUGGAAAGGUUGAGAGCCACUGUCAUAAGCCAAAGACUUUGUUGGUUGUUCCCCUGCACACCCAUGAAGAGGGGAGGGGCAGAAGCGCUCAUCCUGUCAGCUUAAACUCUGGGGGAAGGGAGGGACUAAAACUGCCAGACAAGAAAAAUCAUCAUCUUUAUGUGGCUUGAACUCUAAAAGUGCAAAAGAGCUACAUAACACAGGCAAAAGAAUCCCAGGUUAGCCUGGGUUACCCUAAGGAGCGUAUGGAGAUGACCUAUUACCACGGUUCCCACCCCAUGUGUGCAUGUAUGUUUACCUGCGCUAAUCUUGUAAAUAAGGAAUUCUUCUUUCCUUUUCUUAAUGACUCAAUUCUUAGUGAGUUUAUGAUAGGAGUGGCCACAAGCGUCAUCUUUGGUGCGAGAUCUAAAGUGCAAUUGGCAUGGUAUAAGUGACGGGUCCUUUGGAACUGGGAGAAACCUGAAUAUUGCUAAGUAUCCGAGGGGUGGCCGUGUUAGUCUGGAUCUGUGAAAGCGGCAAAGGGUCCUGUGGCACCUUAUAGACUAACAGACGUAUUGGAGCAUAAGCUUUCAUGGGUGAAUACCCACUUCUUCAGAUGCUAAAUAUUGCUGUGAUUUUUGGUGUAAGUGACCAUCCAUCACAAAGGCAGGCUUGCCUGGGUGGCAAAAUCGAGCAGGGUACCCCAGGCGACUGUCUGUGACUCCAUGAUUGGGCUGUUAUGGUGCCUGAGGAGUUUACACUUGAUAUUUGGUUUUUGUGAAAUCAAAACAUAGACCUCACACCCAGUUUGGGGGUUUGUGCCCUAUUUCUGGCAGUUUGCCCUGAGGUUGGUACCCAUGCCCUUGAGUCUCUCCGGGCAGCGUGACAACAUGAUACCAAGUUCAGGCCUGGUCUACAGGCAAAAGUUGCACCACUUUAACCAAAAUCCCUUUUUUAAUUUGAUUUAGUUAGACUAGAGCAAGCCUCUGAGGACACCUUAAACUGGUGCCUUACAUUUAGCUUAAUUCAUGUGUCAUAGAGGUCUCAGCUCUGCUCCUUUGCAUGAGUGGAAAGCUAUGUGUGAAUUAUCCAGGUCCUUCCAAACUCUUGCUGAUAAAACCUGUAUUCUGCAUAUUACAAAAGAAAUUGUUUUAUAAAAAUUUUUGAGCAGACUUAGAAUCAUAGAAUCCUAGAAGAUCAGGGUUGGAAGGGACCUCAGGAGGUCAUCUAGUCCCACCCCCUGCUCAAAGCAGGACCAAUCCCAACUAAAUCAUCCCAGCCAGGGCUUUGUCAGGACUUCUCAUUUGUCCUCUUAGUCUCUCUCUUUUUUUUUUUUUUUUAACAAAAUUAAGUCUCUAGUUGCUGUGUCGACCUCACUCUUAAGUAUAGACCAGGCGUAGAUGCUGACCGGAGUUUUUGUAGGAACACUGCCUCCUCGAACGACGUUAGCUAAGCGCUCUUCCAUUGGCACAGCUGCAUCUACACAUUGCAAUGCUGGCUGUGGGGGGUGGGGUGGCUUUUUCACAUCCCUGAUUGAGACGGUAGUAAGAUGCGGCCCUGAAACAUAAACCCUUGGUAUCGGAGGCCAGGUGUGAGAGCUAAGGCCUGAGCUAAAGUAAUGGUCAAGACUGUGCUAACAUAAAGCAAAGUUAUGCUGUGAGCCAGAGGCAGACCCUGCUCGCAGAAGCUGGCAAGGAAAAGGCUGAUGGUGCAUAAAGAUAUGCUGUUGCACAAACAUAGAUCUAAAGUGUAUUGGAUACCAGGACCGUCCACAAAUGGUACAAGAACAUUCUGAUACCAUCCACAUAGACAACAAGGACAGGGGCAAAAGGCUAGUAUGAUGGAGAGAGUUGUUUUGUUCGAACCAACAUGGACAAGGUGAGAGGCGGCACCUCACUGCGUAGAAGGGUGGUGCAUAGUUACGGAAAGGGGUUGCACCUCGAUACGCCAGGAACGUUGUGUAACUUGUUUGUACCUGUGUAUAAGAUACAUCCCUGGGGGGGGUGUCUCUGUCCGGCCUAGGGGGCAGCGGAAAGUCCCGCCGCUGACUGAGCUGUGUCCAUUGCCAGGGAGCACAAAUUCAUAGUAUGCCCUGUCGAGUCUAUGGGGAACUAUCCCUGCACUUCGUUUGAGCAAUAAACCUGGCCGACGUGCCUUCGUACCUUA